AUGUCGAGCAAUGGCGGACCAACGGUCGCCGUGAAGCUGUUCAUUGACAAGGAGAAGAAGAGGGUGCUGUUCGCCGAAUCCGACAAGGACUUCGUGGACAUCCUCUUCAGCUUCCUCACGCUGCCUCUCGGCACCAUCGUCCGUCUCUUCAACAAGCAGUCUCAGAUCGGGUGCCUGGACGAGCUGUACAGGAGCGUGGAGAGUCUCGGCGAAGAUCACUUCCAAACCAAGGAGUGCAAGGCCAUGCUCCUUCGUCCCGUCAAUGCCGCGGCACUUCACUGCGACCGGCUUAGAGUCAAAGUUGACGACGCCGAUCUGACGGCAAUAUAUGUCUGCUUUUAUUAUGGGAGCUGCAGCGAAAGGUACUUCAGCACAGUACGGGGUAUUCGAUGCAGGUGUGGUACUAGUACCAUUAGUGACACUAGGAGGUGGCCACAAAGCUCUCUCGUUGCUGCUGGAGAAACUGCGGAUGGGAUUUUUUUCCAAAGGUGGAUCGAAGUUCAUCAUCACGGAUGA